UGAGCGCCCCAGCGUUGCCUGGGAUGGCUGCUUGUGCUCAUGUCUCCCCACGGUCGGCCUGAGGUGACCGAGGAUGUGACCGGCGGUGCCGGUGGCGGCUGGCGGACGAUGCUCCCCCUCCUCGGCGCCACGACGCUGGUGCUGGUCGUCGGGACACCGUGGGUGUCGCCCGCAGCCGCAGAUGAACAUCAGCUGGAAUCUCCCCACCAUGUACAAGUUUACAUCAUAGAUGACAACUUUACCCUGAAGUGGAACAGGAGCAACGAGGCCAUCCCAAACGUGACUUUUUCAGCAGAUUAUCAAACGUCUGAGAUGAAUGACUGGACAGAAUUGCCCGGGUGUCAAUAUAUUAUGGGUACCUCAUGCACCUUUUCCUUGCCCAACGUGAAUGUUUUUGAUGAAAUUAAAUUCCGUAUAAGAGCAGAGAGAGGCAACAGCACUUCUGCCUGGCAUAGUGUGGACUCCUUUAUACCAUUUCACAAAGCUCAGAUUGGUCCUCCGAAAGUACACUUAGAAGCUGAAGAUAAGGCAAUAAUAAUAAGCAUCAGUCCUCCCACGGCAAAAAUGUGGCUUACGGAGAGCUCAUGGUUUGUAUACCGUGUGGUUAUCUGGAAAAACUCUUCAAGCACAGAAGAAAGAAUUCUAAAGGAUUAUCCAAGAGAUACAAUUUAUAAACUCUCACCAGCGACUACUUACUGUCUAAAAGUGAGGGCAGAGCUAACUGAAUACAGCAAAGAGGGCGUCUACAGCCCCGUGGACUGUGCGACGACCAAAGUGGAAUAUAAACUGCCUCCACCGGAAAAUGUAGAAGUUGCUGUUGAAAAUCAGAACUAUGUUCUUAAGUGGGAUUACGCACUUACAAAUGUGACCUUCCAAGCUCAGUGGCUCCAUGCCCAUUUAAAAUGGUCUCCUGAGGACCAGGAAGGGGAAUGGCAACAAAUUCCUGGCUGUGAAAAUGUCAGAGGAACCCAGUGUGUCUUUCCUCGGGAAGUUCUUCCACAAGGAAUUAUUUAUUCACUCCGUGUACAUGCGAUGGAUGGAAAUAACACAUCCCUUUGGUCGAAAGAGAAGGAGUUUAUGAGUCAAAAACAAACCACCAUCCCUCCUCCAGUUCUCAAUGUGAAAACCAUGGGUGACGCACUGCACGCCUAUGUUGGAACCUCACAGGAACCUGCAGACCUGCAUGGCUCACUCAUCUAUGAAAUCAUUUACUGGGAAAACACUUCCAGUACUGAGAGAAAGAUUCGACAAGAAAGAAAUGAUUUUACUUUUCCUGAUUUGAAACCACUGACCCUAUAUUGUUUCAAAGCCAGAGCUCUCAUGGGUGAAGAGCCCAAUCAAAGCAGUGAUUUUACUGAUGUUAUUUGUGAGAAAAUAAAACCAGGAGAUAUGUCCAGAACCUGGCUGAUCGCAGCAGUCUGCACCGUCCUCCCUCUUCUCCUGGUUCUCACGUACAUCGUCAGGGGCCUCCUGAGGUACCUCAGCUCUGUGUUCUUCCCGUCCCCAAAGCCGCCUUCCAGCAUAGCUGAGUGUCUCUCUGAGCAACGUUUAGAGAAUCUCCUGCUUCCACUUUCUGAGGAGAAAACUGAACAGUGUUUCGUAAUUGAAGGCGCAACUGUGAUCCCUAGAGAGGAAGACAUCAACAGCACCGACGAAGAUCUCAAGAAGUACAGUUCCCAGACGAGUCAAGAUUCGGGCAACUAUUCUAACGAAGAUGAAAGCAGAAGUAAAACAAGCGUGGACUCUCUACACCUGGAAAGUGGCUGAGCAGAGAAGCGCCAUCUGCAACUCUGGGUGCGGAGUGUUCCCCGGCUAGUCUGAGCUCCUCACUCCCCUCCGGAACUACACGGAAGGGAACUCGGUUCCUGGGGAAGGGGAAACACAUCUCCAAAGUCCUCCAAGCACGUGCAAGCACUCUGCCUCCUAAGGAGGGAACAGCAGGAACCCGGGGAAGGCUUUCUACAUUCCUGUCCACGUGUGAAAACUGGAAAAGCUGUGCUGGCCGUGACUUUGAAGACUUCAGCUGCAGAAGAGAGCCACACAUAUCCCGGGUCCCGCCCCACCAGCUGCGGGCAUUUGCGUCCCUGGCCUGAUGCCACCGGUCCAUCUGGACGUCUCUGUCCAUUCCCAUUCCCAGCGUGCUACUUGGUUCUCCGUUUCUGC